AUGGAAAAACACAGUGUGUGCGAGCCCUCGGGUCUGCCUGGAUGCAGAAAAGACUCGGUGGUUAUGAUGUCAUUAUUUGGAGAACUUCAUUUUUCUUUUCGAUCUUCAGAGGUGAAGUGGAAACAACGGUGCGACCCCUACCGCAGUCGUACAUUGCAGAUCCCAAGGCAAAAUUUUCUCUAUGAAGCAAAAUUUCUCAUUGCUCGACAUUAUAUGAGCUUAAAAGAGAAUGAAGUUCCAGGCACUUCGAUAGAUGUUUUCAAAAAUAAAUAUCCCAAAUCACAUUUUGUCAGAUAUGUACCUUCGAAGAUUAAAAAGACCAAAACACCUGAUGUGGUCCAAGAACACAAGGCAGUACUCCGAAGUAUUUGUUUUCCCCAGAUCCUUCCCCCAGAGGGACAUUUUAAGAAGCCAUCUGUCUUUAAUAUAAAGGAAAGGUACCCGACGGUAAAUCUUUUCACGAAAGACAGUAGGGCUCGAUCUGUGGACAAUGGCUUCACAUGGAAUAAAGAUUUAUUUCUGCCCUUUCUGCCACCAUCUGACAGUGUGACAGUGUCACCUCUACCUCUGCUAGCUGCCAUGGUUCAGGGCUCCCAGAAGGUGGUAGCAGGGAAGGAGUGGAUCUGCAUUGCUUUCUUCCCAACCAUCUCCACACCAUCUCGAAAACGAGAGAACAGAAACAUCCCAGCAGAUCCUGAGGGUUUCGUCUGCUUCAAUCAUGCCUUUUAUCGCAGCCUCACUUCUUUCAGCAUCAAUGGAAAACCGAUUGCACUUUUCAUGGCCUUCUCCUCUUGUUCUCCUUCACUUUGCUACAGUGGAUUUCACUACAUGCACGAACAAGUUAAACUGAGUAAAAUAAUAACUGAUAUUAUACCUGUGAGUAAAAAAAUGGAGGAAGAAAAACAACUUUACCCUGGGAAGCCCAGAGCAUUGGGAUCCUCACAUGCCAUUGCUGCCUAUCCUAGCGUGCUUUUACAGCGUGUGACCUCGACCGAGGGAACUCAGAGAGAAACUGAGAGAGUAGUAUAUGAUUGGAGAGGAAUUAUGUCAGCGAGGUUUUUCCACUUGCAUGAAGAUCAGAAACUCUCUGAGUCAUCAGAAAUAUUUCGGGAUUAUUGUAUGAGAGCCUUAAGGAGAAAAAAGCUUCAACCCAUCAAGCCAGAACCAAAGCCAGAUAGGUAUAUUGUUUACAUGAAAGCAGCAAAAUUGGACAGUAAAGUUAAAAGAAUUGGACCACACUUAGACAUCUUCCAAGUCUUCGGAGGAAAUAAUAAACAAUUAAUUACCAAGAAAGUAGUUAAAAUGAUCGUCCACACACAGGCAACUGUGAGAGGGUGGCUUGAACGCAAAAGACUUGAAAGAAUAUCAACCAAGGCCUUGUAUCACGGACGGGAUUUGAGAUCCGUUAUGGACAUGUAUCGGAGACUGAUCUACCGUGUGAGACAUCACCUUGGCCUUUGGAAGACGAGACAAGUCAUGAACUUGACAGAGCUAGAGGAAUGGAUGGACAGGAAGAAAUUCUAUGAAACCAUGUUUGCCAAGAGAGAAGACUGGAAGGGAUUGCAAAAGAGUGAGCUACUUAAGUACUUUAAUGAGUGUGGCCAUUUCCCAACCCAGAAACAAAUUGAUGAUUACUGGGAGCGAUUUCAUAAUUAUAAGCCAAGGAAACAUUCUGAAAUAAUCCAGAAGUCCCAAGUAAUUGAAAUGCUAUUUACACUCUACCCUCCUCUUGGGGCUCAUGUACAUCAAAACUUACAACUUAAGUCAACUUGGCUCAGACCCAUCGUAGAUGGAGAGGAAGGCUACAAGUACAUAGUGAGUGGACAUCCAAUACUCAAAAGAGCUAACAUCCGGGUUGUUGGAAAGUUGGUGGCAAAAUCCAUAAGAGAAAGGAAACUGAAACAAUGUUAGAGAUCAAAAGAAGUUAAAUAAGAUUUCAAAACAAGAUAAUGCAAGAUUGAUCCUUUUUCUAGUUGAAUCUGUAUA